AUGCACGCCUACGGGCACGAGUGGGUGUGCCAGUUGGUAUACAAUCCGAGGAUGUGUGUUGGCCUCGGCUUGUCUGACGGAGAAGGUACAGAAAGACUGUGGUCGCGGUUUGUUCGGUUAAUCGGUGUCGAAAGGUCGUCUUUGCGCCAACGUCGGCUAUGGCUGCUUGAUUGUCAGGCAGCUGCAAUCGGACAGGAGAUGCGCAUCGACCUUGGUGAUUGGAUCAAGCGUCGUCUAAGGCGUGAACUGUGGUCGCAAUGGCUCCAUCAACAGAAAUCGCAACUGUCCAUCUGCGCUCAUGCACCUGCUCGACUUAAAAAAGAGUUGGACAUUGUCCUCUCUUUACAAACUGACCUCGACACCUCACACAAGGCACUCCAGGCCGCUAAAUCCAUUUUGGGCAAAGAGUCGGCAUCUGACGACACAAUACAAGCUCUUGAGAGUCUUACCAACGGACAUGACCGCUUGAUAACCAAGGUGGAAACACUCUACGCGUCGCUUAACAUUCACGACAGGUUUCCUGAGCUCCAGGGCAUCGAUCUAGAGUUUAUGAACAUACGCAAGCGGGCGAUUGCCAGUUUCUUCGAAUGGGACAAGCUCGAUUGGGCAGUAGGCGGCGCUCAACAAGCCUUAGGAACCAAGCUUCACCAGCAGACGAGGAAGGCCAUAGCCAAACGACAGCCUGCCCUUAUGACCGCCAUCAGAAAGUUCAAUUCAUAUUGCGAGCAGUUGGAAUCUCAUUACGACGUAUCUUCCGGCAUUCCGUUACCAUCACCUCUUCCAACGAAGCUUGCAGACUUGCGCGCUGAUCCCACACUAAUGGAGGAUGUGUGGAUAACCCCUUCAGUUGGUGAGGUACCACGGUGGUUGGAGGAUUCUGAGGUAAGGGAUGGCAUACGCGCGCUUCUCAAGCGUGAUCGCUGCCAAGAAGAAUGGCUGCGACUUCGCACUGAGGCAGAUAACUUGUGCCGUUUUUUCGGAGCAGAGUUGGCUGCACUCGAACUCGCUAUUCGAUCUUCGGGAACUGCCCUGCAACAGCACCAGAGCAACUUCCUUCAGACCCAAUCACGCUGGACAAACCCGCUAGCAUCUUCGGCACAGUUCGCCGUGCAAGUGAACAAAGCACAACAAACUGUUCUUGGCAUUUCUGGUGACUCUCGGCAUCCUAGCAUUGCCUCGAUCCAUACUACCACGUUGGAAUCUUCGGACUUAGAGGGUGAUGAUGAUCGAACAUUUACUGAUGAAGUACUGCAUGUCGACUCAGACCAAGCCGCCCUCGCAGACCUACUGGAGGGUGAUAUGGGACCCUUAGAUCAUGACGACGCCAACGACACCACAAAUUUUGGCCACAAUGUUGACGUGAAUUUUCUCCAGCCAGAUGGGUCUGAGGUAAAAGUCCCUUGCUUAAAUUAA